AUGGAUACCAUUAUGUGGGACACGAAUUUAGUCGUAAAUAUCGUUAAAAAAAUAUUAAGAUGUUUCGAAGAAUGGAACACCAGGUCUUCAUAUGAGAAAGUGAAGUACAGUUAUAUAGAUGUUACAUUAGUGAAAAAUGACACAAUGUAUUAUACGAUACAAAUCACAAAUUAUGGGCAAUCUAUAAAUGAUGUUUUAUCAUUUUCACGUGAAAUAUUUUGGAACUUCAUUACCACAAACACCGUUUUUAAAAAUUCAGUAAUUGCUACAGUAUGUAGUCAGAACGAAUAUAGCGACUCUCAGGAAACACUAGAUAUAUAUUUCGUGUCUAAUCGUUUAUCAUUGGUGCAUAGUAAGAAAAACGUAAAUCUUAUCAAUUUCCUCUAUCAGAAAGCCUACUUAUCUUUUGUAAUUAAGGAUAAACUAAUUUUUUCUGACAGAGAAAAAUUCACGAAUAUUAUAUUGAACGAAAUAAUUUUAUUACAGCAAUUCAAUUUCCAUAUAAAGUUUAUGGUUCAUAUUAACCAAAACAUGUUAUACUGUAAUCAUAUUACACUUGAUAACCAUUAUAGAUCAUGUCAUGUGCUUGCUAUUGCUCUAUCAAACGUAAUUAAACAUAGUUCAAGUAUUGAGUUUAAGGAAAAUUGUUUUUCUAUGUUAAACGUGGAAAAUUCACACGAGGUAGAAGCAGCACUUAUGAUUAAAUUAAUACCGUUAAUUCAUCAAAAUUAUAGCUUUUCUAGCAUUAAUCAAUCAGAGGAAAAAUAACAGUUACAUUAUCUAUACCAUAUUAUUUCUAAAAUGUAAUAACAAUUAUAUAUAUGUAACUUAUUAUACAAAAAUUAAUCUUACUGUUUAAUUUAAUAUUCUACUUUGUAGAAGUAAUAAGAAAAAUAAAUUUUAUUUUAUCAGUUUA